AUGCGGUGCCGUGUCCUCGAUCGACGAUCCGCGUCGCAGGCGGAGGGAGGGCUACCGGGGCACCCGCAGUACUUGACGGGCAUCGCCAAGGGCAGGGAGGCCCUCCUGCAGGAGCGGGAGCUGAGGGAGGCCGCAGAGUCUCUCCACGCGCAGCUCAGGGCCGCCAUGGACGAACAGCUGGAACUCGAUGCCAAGGCAUUGGAACGGAUGGACGGGUUGACCCGACAGGCCAGGAAGGAGCAAGAGGAAACCACACGCGAAAAGGACCGGCUGCAGGGUUGCGUGAUAGAGCUUGAGCGAGGCAAGAGAGAGACCGAGGACGCUCUGUCGGUCGCCCAGGAGGAGCUCGAAGAGGCCUGUCGAGACCUCGAGGACGCCUCCCGCCGCCUCGCCCGCUCCCGCCGCGACCACGGGGUCGCCACGGAACGCCUCGAGGAAACCCGGCAGGCGCUGGCGGCGGCGAGGGCGGAGCUGGCGGAGGCCGAGCGGGCGCUGAGCAAGACGACCGAGGAACUCGCGGUUACCACGGAGGAGCUCGAGUCAACGAAGAGGGAGCUGGGAGGGGCGGAAGAGGAGCUGGUGGUCCUCCGGGAGGAGCUCCACUCCGCCACCGCGGUGGGGGGGGAGGGUGGUGGCCACGCUGCCGCCAACGACGAGGACGACGACGGCGAGAGCCUUGCGGGUUCUGGGCGGAAGCAGCAGCGCACCCUGGCGGCAGGCGAGGGGGCGGCUGCUGCUGCUGCUGCUGCCGCUGCUGCUGCGGUGGCGGGCGUUGGCCGCCCUGAGCAACCCGAGCAGAGGUUGCCGCAGGAGGUGGGGGGCACGCUAGUGGGCGAGGCGGAGCGGGCGUUGCUCGUGGACGCGGCGUCAGAAGCCCGGGCGGAGGUCGAGACCCUGCGCGGCAAGGUCCGCGGGCUGGAGCUCGAGGCGGCGGAAUCGCGGCGUAGCCUCGCCGAAGCCAACCGCCAGCUCGCUUCCCUGGUUGCGGUGGCUCGAGCGGGGGGCGGCGAGGAACGGACGACGGUGGCGGGUUCUAGCCGGACCGAGGAGGCGGCAUUGCUGCCGCCGCGGCAGGGCGGUAACCUGUCGGAUGGCGGUGAAACAGGCGAGGUUCGGGAGCUCCGGCGGCAGCUGGAGCGGGCCGAUCGGCUCAGAAACGCCUCCGAGGAUAAGGCGGCGAGCCUCCUGCGGAGGCUGGCCCAGGUCAAGGCGGAAGCGGACCUUGUUGUGCUUGAGGCCGAGCGCGCAGAGAAGCGUAAGGAGGGCUUCAACGACGAGCCGGGGGUGCGUAGCCGGGUCGAGACGGAGCUGAGGAGGGCGAUGGAGUCGAAGGACCACCUGGAGGAGCGACUCGCCUGCUCGGAAGCAGCUCUCGUUGCAGCGGAGGAAAAGCUGGCUGCGGAGAGGGCCGAGCACGCCGAUGCUCUGGCGGAAAUCAAGCAGUCCCUCGACAGGGAGCUCGGGGAGCAGCGGGAGGCCGCACAGGCCGAGGCUGCCUGUCUCCAGUCGAGGGCAUCGGAGGCAGAGGCUGCGUCGGAGGAGUUGCGAAAGCGGCUAGGCGAGGCCCUGCGGCAAGCGGAGAGGGCGGAGGCCGGCACGGAGGCCGCCAAGUCGUCGGCUGCUGAGGCUCAGGCGGCGCUCGAGGAGUCGAAGGAGAGCUUGCGGUCGUCUGAGGCGCAACGCUCGGCCUUGGACCAGAGGAAGGAGUUGCUGGAGAGCAAGGUGGCUGAGCUGGAGGAACAAGUGGGCGAGGACGACAUGAAGAUGUUCGAAGCCAGGUACGGCUCCACGACCGACAAGCCGAGCGUCUUCGGAGUCCCGAAGUUAGUCUGGAGUGAGGCGGCGAAGGUGGAGGGGGGGGUACCGUGGCACGCGGGGGUGCUACAGGGAGCUGAGAGGUUCAUGGCCUCUUGGCACAAGGGCAAGGAGGAGGCCAGCCGACAACGAGCCAUCAAACGAGGAGACAGCGGGCCCAAAAAUAGUCUAGAUACGGCACCAAUCAACGGGGCGGAAUCCGGUCUCGAACUCCGCGCCGCCGGCGAGACCUCGCAACGCCUCCACCUGGAGGGCCUCCUCGAAGAGUCCCGCGCCCAUGCCGACCGCUCCGCCGCCGCCGCGGCCGCCGCCGCCCUAGCGGAACGCGAGGCCGGGGACCGCCUGGGCCGGGAGCGCCGGCUUCGCGAGACCGCCGAGGCUGCCGCCGCCGCGGCAGAAGAGCGGGCUGUUGAGUCCGGGGCCGUUAUCGCCGGCCUUCGGGAGGAGGCCGCGGGGCUGGGAGUUCGGCUGCGGGAGGCGUGCGAGCGGGAGGAAGGGCUGCGGGUUCUCCUGGAGACGGCGGAGGCGGGGGGAGCAGCCGCGCGGGGGGAGGCGGAGGCGGCGAGGGAGGACCUGGUGGAGGCGAGGGAGGAGCUGGUGGAGGCGAGGAGGCGCGCCGAGGACGCGGAGGCUAGUGUCCGGGAGCUGCAGGCUGAGGCUUCUUCUCUCGAGCGAGAGGCCGCGGGUGCUAGGGAACGGGAAGAGCUAGCUCGGGAAGAACUAUCGGCUGCGCGAGCCAAGACCGCCGAGGCGGAAGAUGCGGUGAGGCUCGCUUCCGGGGAGGCCGAAGACAACGAGCGGUCGUUGCAGGCUCAGUUGCAGGCGAGCGAGACCCAUGUCGCCGAGCUGGAAGCGAGAGUCUCCUCCCUCGCCGCCGCGAACGCCCGCCUGCACCUGUCCCACGACGCCCUCCUCGCCGACGCCUUCCACGCGGAGGACCUCCUGUGCGCCGCGGCGGAGAGGGUGCGGCGCUCAAGAGGAGCCGUGUUCCCAGUCACCGCAACCCCCCCCGCCGACGCCGCCGCUACCCCGCUCGUGGGGCGGAGGACAGGUGGACGACCAGGAGACUUGCUGCCAGAAGCGGCGGCUCUCGGGGGGGAGGGAGUCGGGUCCCCUGGUUCGGUGUCCGCUUCCCAGCCGGACGAUGGUGGAAACCCGAGCGGAGGAGGCGUUGUCGACGGCUCCGCGGGCGUCGCCGGGAGUGCCCAGGACGGCGCUCCGCCUCCCCGAACGUUGUUCCCGGAGGGCUCCGACAUCUUCAGCGGCGGCGGCGGCGGCGGCGAGUGGCGGCUCGGGGAGCAGGGGCGCAAUCGUCCUCAGGUGCAGUCGUAUUCGCACCCGUUGUCGGCCUCUGUUCCACAGCUGCUGCAGCGUGGCGACGGCAUGGUGAGGUCCUCUGUGCCGCAGAGGGGGGUGUGGGAGGAAGAGGAGGCGGGCGGGGGGGGGGCGAGGGAGCGGGGAGGGGAUCUUGUGUCGGUGUCGGCGGCGGCGAUGGACGUGCUGAGGGAGCUGGAGCGCAUGCAUGCGGCCGCGUGGGAGCGGGAGCAGGCCGAGCGGACUCUGCUGGCAAGGCUGGAGGAUCAGGCUGACGGGCUGAGAAACGCAGAUGAGGCCAGGGAAGCCCACGAGGGGGCGGCGCGCGCGGCGGUGGCGGAGGCGGAGCGCCUGGUGGUCAAGGGCUAGACUCACCCUCAAGGGAUGACCGAAACCUUCUUGCUGCUGCGCAUCCGCCGCGAGGCGUGCGUGUGGUGGUGGAGUUGGGUCGGCACUGAUGGGGUCAGGCGGGAAAAUGUAGAUGCGCGGGCCUUUCUGGCCGUCGGCGUAGGCAGUGAUGCCCAUCUCAUUUUUGUGCGCGGAGGCAGACACCAUUAGAAAGGUGGACGGGCACUACACGGCCCUAGGUUUGUUAGAGGGAGCUGUAUUGCCUCAGUAACCUGGCUUCGCCAUCAAAGGAGGAGGGAGCAGGUGGCGACGAGCUGAACUAGGCUGGUUGACCAUUCGGCGCGAGAAUUUUUAUUUUUUUCAGACCAAGAACCUUGAGUGCAAUGAGGGAGAAAGCGAGGAACGGACUGGGAAGGACAG